AUGUCUUUCACCAAUCUCUACUAUAAACGCGCCGUCGCCACCGCGCGACCCUGCUUUAUCUGCUACAAGCCGACAACUACCGUGCUCGCCACAGCACAAACUGUGGACUUUAUCUAUGUUUGCGAUGGCCAUCUUUCGGAUCCAGGUUUUGCCAGCCUGGUGGGCGAGACAAAUGAUGGCGUAGGAGCGGGCGGUGCGAAGAUGGGUCUCACACCAGACGAGAUCGCUGCGGUAAAGCAGGAAUGGGAGGCGCGUCAGAAGAAGAGGCAGGAGAAGAAAGAGAAGGAAAAAGAGAAAGCAGACGAUGCAAAGGAGAAAGAGGAUAAGAUAGAUCAAGAUGGGGGGUCCAAAGCAGCCAGUUCGAAGGUGCCCAGCCCACCACCCUCGGGCUCUGCUACGCCUACAACCGCAACUAAGCCGUCGCACCAGCGGUACACGCUUCACCGCGACAUGUUUGCACUGCGUCUGGCGGAGCAUCGCAAACGCAGGCAAGCUGCACAGGCGAAAGAACUCGCACCACGAUUACCUGGUGCACCUAAAGUGUCUCUGCCACCCAGUUCUUGA